CUAAGAUCUAACAAACAAUCACGUGCGUCAGCAGAAGAUAGCGAUGCUGUUCCAGCAACUGAUGAAGAUUUAGAUCUUCAAGAUACCACCACAUUAACUGACAACACGACAUAUGAAGGAAUAAUCGAACCAGACUCAGAUUACACUCCAAACACUUCCACAUUUAUGGCAUCAUCUUACAAUCCUUUAAACAUAAUCUCAGGAAUGACUACACGUAAAUAAUUUACGUCUAUUAUUCCUCUCAUUAUCAUAUAUAACACCGGUAACGAUUCCCUAUUACUGAUUAUAAUCCAUCAUUUAUUAUAAACACAUACCCAAAUUUAUUUUAUUAAUCUAUGAAAUACACCAAUAAUAAUUCACUGAUUGGCCUCGAAAACCAAUCCUCAAAUAUUUCUUCACAUAUUUCCCCUUUAACUCAAAAAAAUCAUAAAAAUCAAAAAAAUAAUAAAAUUAUAGAAAAAACAAAAAAACUUCAUAUUUUAACCCAAACUCUUUUAUAUCUAAUUCAAUUAACGUCGCUUCACCUAACAUUAGAGGAUCAUUUGAUCAACUCUGAUAUCCAUUUUUUACAUUUAUGUGAAACACAUAAAUACGAUCCCAAAAACUCGUACAACAAUGAUAACGAUUUCCAACAAAAUAACAAAAAUAACAACAAACUAUUACCUCACCUACAAUUUACACAUACACCUUCCAAUCAAAAAUUUAUCAUUAUACAUAAUCCAGAUCCAAAUAAUAAAGCAUCUGGAAAUUCAAUUAUAAUAUCACCUAUUUUAUAUAAACAUAUAGGACCAUUAUACUUUAUACCAGGCAGAUUAAUACACGCUACAUUUUAUUUCAGAAAACACCAUCAAUUAAAUAUAAUUAAUUAUAUUUACCACCCAUUACGUCAGCUAAAAAUAAUUACACAGUACUACAACUCAACUAAUAGAUAAUUAUAUAUCUAAAGUACUUAACAAAUCUAACAAACAUAAUUAUUUUAUUCUAAUGGGCGAUUUUAAUAUUAAUCCACAUAAUAGAAAAACAUUAAACAUAACUCAAAACGAGGAUGAAAUACCUAUAGACAUAAAUAAUACCAACCCUAAUAUUCCACAACAUUAUUACCACAAACAUAUUUUACAUACAUUAAAA